AUGUCAUCAUCAUCAUCAGUAGCAGAAUUAAUUAUUAUUGUUUCUCAACAAUAUACAAUCUAUAUUAGUUUUCUUAUUUUAUUUUCUGGUAUUUUUGGACAUAUUUCAAAUAUUUUCGUAUUAACUCAUCUUAAAAUUUUUCACAGAAAUCCAUCGACUUUUUAUCUUAUUGCAGAAUCAAUCGUUGAUUUAUUUCAAAUGAUGAUAUCAUGUACAUUUCGUAUGGCAGUCAAUGGAUUUGCUAAUGAUUUAACACAGACAUCAUUAAUUUGGUGUAAAUUAAGACCAUUAUUAACUCAAUCUUUUACCCUUAUUUCACUUAAUAUAAUUUGUUUUGUUGCUAUUGAUCAAUGUUUAUCAACAAGUUAUUAUCCAUUUUUAAGACAAAAAAGUACAAUUAAAUUAGCUAAAAGUCUUACUACUAUUGCAACUAUAAUUUGGUUUCUACAUGGUGUACCAUUUGUGUUCUUCUUUGAAAUUCAAUCAAAAUAUGGAUGUAAUAUAUAUAAUCAAAAUUUUAGAAAUUAUGUUACAUAUUUCUAUUAUCUUAUACUCACUGGUGUAUUACCGAUUAUCAUUUCGACAUUGUUCAGUGUAUUAGCUUAUCGAAAUGUUCGUCGUAUUGUACGACGUCAAAUACCAAUACGUCGACGAAAAUUUGAUCAACAAUUGACAGCAAUGAUUCUUGUUCGAGGUUCUUUUUAUUUAUUUUUAAUAUCAUCAACACGAUUUCGUCGACAAGUUAAACAUGUUUUUAUAAACAAAUGUUGGCGAAUAUAUUGUAGAAGAAUAAUACGUUGUAAUCAAGUUGCAGCAAUUACUCAAGCUAUCACUAGUGAAUAUGAUUUACAAUCAAUUGAAUAA